AUAAAAUAAAAACAAAAAAAGAAUACUGAAUACUUGUCUACAAACAGAGUAAUUUCAGCAUUUGGAUUGGCUAUAGCUUUGUGGAGGGCGGAGUUAUUAUCUACAGAUUGUUUCAGAAGGUGAAAGUGAAACUGAAGCAGAAUGUUCACCUUUCGAUUUCUACCAACUCGAACUGAGACAGGAUGUUCUUCUUUCGAUCUUUACAAACUCCAUUUUAAAAUUUUGUUGAUAUUAUAUGGUCCCAUCAAUUGAUUAUUUAGACAGUUUUGUGAACGUGGUCAGUGUUCAGUUAAAGCAUUCGUGUUCCUCAGAAAUGAAGUUGUUUUGUUUGAUUCUGCUGAUUAUUAAUGGAAUUACAGUUUCAAGAUCAGAGCAGUAUGAAGUAGUUGGUCCUUCAGAUCCUGUUCUUGCUGUAGCUGGUGAAGAUGUGAUUCUGUCCUGUUCAGUCAAACCUCUCAUGAGUGUUGUGGACAUGAGAGUGGAGUGGUCUAGACCUGAUCUGAGAGGUUCAGUAGUGCAUCUCUAUGAGGAACAUGAAGACAAAAACACAGACCAGAGUCAGUACAGAGGGAGAACAAAACUGAAUCUUCAAGAACUACAGAGAGGAAAUGCAUCACUCAAACUUUCAUCUGUCCAAGUCUCUGAUGAAGGACGUUAUAUGUGUUUUAUUCAGUCCAAAUUCUGGUUUGAUGACACCACUGUUGAUGUUAAAGUUGAAGCUGUAGGAAGUCCUCCAGUGAUCACUGUUGAUGGGUUUGAUGAUUCAGGAGGGCUUCGUCUACAAUGUGAAUCUGAAGGUUGGUAUCCUGAACCUGUUCUUGAGUGGCUGGACAGUGAAGGAGUCCGUUUGAGUUCAGAAACAACAGAUACACACAGAGGAACAGACAGAUUCAGUGUGAAACACACCAUCACUGUACAUCACAGAGACGACAAGAUUCACUGCAGAGUCAAACUAAGACAUCACAUGCUGGAGACACUGAUAAUUGGCUCAAGUAAUAUGUUUAAUUCUUGGAAGACUCCAGUCAACCUGAUUUCAGUUAUAGUUGUGGUCAUUGUGAUUGCUGGAAUUGCUGGAUUACUGAUCGCUGUGUUUUUUCAUAAAAAUAGGGAACUUUCAAGAGACUUUCAUUUUUUACAGAGUCAGAAGAGCCAUAUACAAGAUGUGAUCACGUAUUUAAGAAAACAUAAAGUGAAUGUGAUUCUGGAUGCUGAUACGGCUCAUCCACAUCUCAUCAUGUCCAGUGAUGGGAAACAGCUGAGAUAUGAAGAGAUACGACUGGAAAGAGUGGAUUGGGAAGAGGAACAAAAUGACAAGUUUGAUAAAUAUCUUACUGUCCUUGGGAAGGAGGGGUUUUAUACAGGGUGUUUUUACUACGAGGUGCAAGUGAAGGGACAAACUGUGUGGGAUUUAGGAGUGGCCAGAGAAUCCACUAAGAAAAAAGGGUCCAUCGAUAUGAAUAUUCUCAGUGGAUACUGGACUACGGGUCUGAGAUAUGAAAAGUACUUGCAUCUGUCUUAUGACUCCUCAGAAGUACUUUUUUCUAUGAAAACUAAGCCCCAGAGGGUUGGUGUGUUUGUGGAUUAUGAGAAGGGUCAGGUUUCCUUUUAUGAUGUGGACUCCAGCUCUCAUAUCUACUCUUACGCUGAUCAGUCUUUUAAUGAGAAAAUAUAUCCCUUUCUUAGUUUAGGGUAUAAGAGUAAUGAUAACUCUACAGCACUGGUUAUCUGUGAUGAUUACUGAUCAGUGAAAUAAUUUACAUGAACAAUUGAAAAAAAGUGUAACAGCAAUUAAAACUAAAUAUUGUUUAUAGUACCAGUCACAAAUUUGGAUAAACAAAGGUAUUUUAAUGGUUUACAUAAUAUAUAAAAAAAAUAUUUGUCUUGCUGUACUGUAUGUAUGUGUAAUGUGCAUUUGUAUCUAUUUUUUCUGUCUAAAAGUGGCAAAAAAUAAAUAACAAAUAAAGCAAAAACAAACAAGCAAU